AUGCAGGGGUAUACGAGAGGCUCAGACGAGCUUCUAUCCCAGAGUGGGGUGACCGUCAUGGCGCCCGCCGCACCACACCAUGCUGACAAUAACAAUCAGGAUUCUGCCGCCAAAAAAGUGAAACUGGAACAAAAUGUUGGAAAGCCGUCCCGAGUGAUACAUAUACGGAAUAUACCAAAUGAAACAACAGAAGCCGAGAUCAUACAGUUGGGCUUGCCCUUCGGCCGAGUCACUAACGUCCUUGUACUCAAAGGCAAAAAUCAGGCAUUCUUAGAGAUGGCAGAGGAGAUAUCUGCGGUUGCCAUGGUGGCAUACUUCGGUGGUUGCGUAGCACAGCUGCGCGGGCGCGCCGUUUAUGUACAGUUCUCAAAUCACAAAGAGCUCAAAACCGACCAGACACAUAGCAACGCAUCGGCGUCUGCGCAGGCAGCUCUACAAGCAGCCCAGGCCAUCUCAAACACAGCUGGAGCGGCUCUGGUCGCCGGUGCUGGAACAGCUCUUCAGCCAGCGAACGGUGGCACUGAAAUACAGGGUGGCCCCAACACAGUUCUCCGCGUGAUUAUAGAACACAUGCUCUAUCCAAUUGUAUUGGACGUCCUGUACUCCAUCUUCCAACGAUAUGGAAAGGUGCUUAAGAUCGUCACAUUCACGAAAAACAAUUCAUUUCAAGCCUUAAUCCAGUAUCCGGACACCGGAUCAGCUCAAAUGGCUAAAACGGUGAGUACUGCAAACUUCUCUGUUUUUAUUAACUGUUUGUGA